CAAAUUUUUCCAAGAAGAAAACUGGAUUUUCUCAUGCUGAUUCAGGUAGGAAACCAGAUUUGUCAUGCUAAACUGCAAUUUAUGCGAGUGCGAUACUUUUGCACAGGAUACAUGUCCGGGUGGAACAACUACAACGACAUCAGCUGCAUCCCGGCCGACGGCGAGACGUUCCGGCAAAAGUCACAGUUCAGCAUCGUCGAGCAGCACCGCUUACGGUUCAGUCCCAAUUUCGGCGGUGGGGGGAGUGAAGAGAAUCUUUCUCCGUCCAUACACAGUUUGAAUUCCUCCCAGGACACGCAGAUGCGGAUCGGGAUUCGAACCCCGCUAGUGUCACAAGACAGCGAAUACAACAGUACCAGCAGGGACAACUCGCCUAGAAGGACAGGUGGAACAUCUUCAAUGGCGGUGGAAGUAGACAAUAUUAACAACUCCAAAGCAGGUACAACUUCUAGACCGUCGCCCCGGGCGGGAGGCACGACAGCAGCUGGUGCGUCGUACAGGAUGUUUUCGCACCGAUACGCGAACAGGCUGAUAGAGGACCACGACAGUGCAAUGAAGGACGGAACUACGAGACAGAUGAACCAGAGUGCGAACAACAACAAUCAACUUCUUUCUGUGGCUUUAUUAAAUGCCAUUUCCGAGAACACGAACGACAUCGAGGACGACUCCGACAUGCACACGCCGAACAGCGAAAACAAGAACUCCACCUCCCGCAGCCGCCAGGUAUCCGCGUCCUCCGCGUCGUUGCGGAAUCGCAACCUUUACCUAGAUAGUCUCGACAGCAGCGAUGAGGGCGGAGGAACGAACAGCAACAGCCUGAGUUUCAACGCGAGCGGCUCCUUCGGCGAUAGCACAUUAGGGAAAAAUAAGACCAGUCAGCAGUUCUUUGACUUCUCGCCCCCGCAAACCAGGGGCAGCAAUGCUGGUACUAGUGCUUCAGUGCAGAGCUUUCUCGGUGCUGGCGGAGUUGGAGGUCCGCAAGCUCAGCCUCAGGUAGAAGACAGAGAAAACAUCAGCAUGAUGAACUUCUAGUAGUAGUGGAAAAUUCGGUUGUUCUAUCGAGAAUCGAUGUCCUCUUACAUAGAACGGCGAAAAAAUAGGUUUCAGUUCGUGAACUGCUGGUGUCAAGCUGCAAGAUGAACAUUCUGGCGCUUUUUAUUCGAUGCUGCUUGUAGUCUCGUGUUUCGCGAACGGAGUGUAUAGGUUUCAUUUUCAGUUGAAAUAAUCUGUGCUCUGUCUGUUUCUUUCAGCGCCCUUUUCCAGUGCCUGCUAU